AACCUGAAAAUGCAAGUGAAGAAAUUGAAGAAAUAAGAGAAAUUGAUACGUCUGAGUUUAUUACAUUUUUGGAAGAAGUUAAAUCUGACUAUCAAAAUGCAGAUCAAACGCUACGAAUUGCAUUAGACAAAUUUAAAGAUCGUUAUAAUGCAGCCAAGUCAAAAUCUAUCUCCUGUUUAACUUCCUAUCUUUAUGAUCUCCAUAGAAGUUUAGAUCCGAUGGUUCGUAUCAAGAGUGGUUCGCAUAUACGGGUUCAGGUGGAAUCGAUUAAACGUCGCAAAAUGGAAAGAGGUAGCACAAGACAAAAAUUGUCCACUUCCAAAAAUAAAGAGAAUUCAGAUCCUCAUACUAUUCAGUUAGAAAGAAGAAAAAAACAUGUAAAAAG